GAGGGCGCUGCCGCGGACCGGGAGGCUUGCCCCUCGGCCUCCGAGACCCGGUCCGUACCGUAAGCCCCCGGGUUGGAGCUGCUUUCUCGGGCCUUCUCAUCUGCUGCUCACCCGGCGUUGGUAGGGAAAGGCCCAAGAAAUGACUGCUGUCCCAUUGUGCAGGAAACUGAGACUCAGAAGUGAGGAGACUCGGCUAGGAGCGCACAGCGAGGUCAGAGCUAACCAAGAAACAUUCAGAAGCCAAACCAUGGAUCCACCUGCCCGGAAAGACAAAUCCAAAGUUAAAGAACCCUCCUUCAGAGUGGAGAAGGCUAAGCAGAAAUCUGCCCAGCAGGAGCUGAAACAAAGACAAAGAGCAGAGAUCUAUGCUCUCAACAGAGUCAUGACGGAGCUGGAACAGCAGCAGUUUGAUGAGUUCUGUAAGCAGAUGCAGCCGCCUGUGGAGUGACCAGCCUGCAUCCCAUCAGUGGACCUGUGGAGUGAGCCAGCCUGCAUCCCAGUCAGUGGACCUGGAGCCUUUGUCUGUGAGCCUGUUCCCACUGUUACACUGAGCUGACCCACUGGAGCCUUACAGAAAUAGACAGGACUUGUGGAGGACUCUGUAGCGAACUUCCUGUAGGUAACUUCCACACUGGUUUCUCCUCUCAGAACUGGCCUAGUGCUUGCUGGGUAGACUUUUCAUCUAGGACAGCAGAUUUUUAAAAGACCUUUUUUCUAUUGUUUGAGAUCAAUCAUUGUUUCUUGUGAAACUGUGUCUCUUCCCUAAAAAUAAUAAAAUACAAAAUGUUCAUUUGUUCUUUAGUGGAGUGC